AAAUGUGAUUACAUGACAAUGUAUAUUUGACAUGUUUCUAUUUAUAGUGGCAUGGAGUAUGUACUUAAGGUGGUUCAAAUUUUGGGUGGUUGAGUAUGUAAAAAUAUUUAGGCAGGUUAAUUAAUACUAUAUUACUAUUACUAUAACAGUUAGAUAGUAGGUACAUACAUAAUUACCUAGGUAUUACAAAAUCCCUAUUGAUUAUCGAAUAUUAUUGUACAAUAGCCCGUUCCAUAACCAAUGGUAUGCCAUAUUAGUAGGCUAUUAUUUACAUCUGUAUGUUUAUAAAUAUUGUUAUUACAGCGUAAUUAAUACUCUUUGGCUGGUCCUUACAGAGUCUGGUUAAAUGUUGGUUAACGCUAACUGGCUGAUAACAGUAAACAGUUUAUUACGGGCAAAAUUCCGCCGAUUAAGUGUCCGUUAACGGGAUGUUAUAAGAACGGCACCUAUUAAUUUUAAAUGGUGAGUUUCCCGGGACUGAUAUUUUUGUUGUCCAUAAUCACGUUAUACAUGAAGUUUCCAGCACAAUCAGUGUUGUCAAAACGGCAAAUUAUGUAACCUAAUUUUAGGUCAACUUUAUUUAACAGCAUUACUUAAUUUAAAACUAACGAAAAUUAUUGAUGUUGAUUUGUUGUAUUCUAUUCAUUAGCCAUUAGAUAAUUGUUUUAAUGAUAUUUUGUGUGAUUAUUAAGUAUCAUGCAUUUGUACAGUUACUAAUUAGUAUUUGCCAUAUUUCAUAUUUUAAAAUAGAACUAAUAUACUUAAUUAGGUACAUUACCUGUUUACAUUUUUGUGAAAAUAUAUAAUAAGUGUAGGUAUUGGGUAUGGUUGAGUACAGAGGCGGAUCAGGGUUAGGGUUUUUUCUUAUUUCAAAAAAGAACGAUUUAUGAAAUUCAAGUAUUAAUUUGUCAAACUUUAAUUAUUUAUAUUUAUAAUUUAGUUAGUUCUUAACCACAAAAUAAUUUACAAACGUUCGUGUUCUUGACAAAUUAGUGAAAAACUGAAACCUGAAAAUGAUGACCUUACGGCGUUAUAGUUAGGCUAUUUCUCUACACCGUUGUCUUUAGUACAUUUUUCUGGUUUAUCAUGAGUGAAUAAUAAUUAAUAAUUAUCUACAUCCAAGUCGUAAAAUGUAAAGCCAGCAGGACACGUAAAUUCGCCGAGUCCGACAAUUUUUAUUCUGAUAAUGCUGUUCCGUCGGCCGUCGCAAUACGAUGCGAUAAAAUACAUAUUGUUUUGUUUUAGGAAAAAAAAAUGAUCAAUCCACCUGCAGCGAAAAGUGUUGUGACGUGCCGUCCCAUGUCCGGUACUUUUCACUUUUCAGUAUGUUCUUUUUAAAUUUUAACAUUUAUUUUGAAAAUAUACAAUUGUAAUUUGUAAAAAUGUUUUUGCCAUGAGAAUUAUAUGUGAUGCUGGUAAGAGUAUAUUGGCUUUGCACAUAAAUUAUUUGAUUUUAAGAAACUACCCAAUAGCAAAUAGUAAUACCUAUGACUUAAUUUUUUUAUUACUGUUUUUAUUUAUUUUUUUACUUAAUAAGUAGGUCUUUGCGCCAUUCUCGUAUGUAAAAAGUGUCAAGUCGAAAACCGUGGUUGAGUAGGUAUUUAGCAAGUCAAUCAUCAGUUCAAGUUAGUCACCUAGGUGAGCAGAUCAGGUAUGAGCAUGCAAUAUGCACACAAUUGAAUUGUACCUAUAGAUGUGCACUUAUAGCCGCUCAUCGGCGACCGGCGUGUCCACAAUCAUUUAAAACAUAUUAUUUAUUAUUUAUAUAAAGUAAUGAUCAAGAGGGGUCCUCAUUCCUCAAUCCUCAGCAGGUAGACAUAAUAUACUGCUCGCAUUAUCACCAUCGAGUUUCAUAAUAUAGAGUUGGCAUUUUUAACUUACUUCCUCUGCGCAACGAGAUCAGAUACCUCGGGGUCAUUCUCGACAAACGUCUGACAUUCGCACCCCACGCAAACACCGUCGCCAAAAAGGCUGCCCAUUCAGCUGCAUCGCUUGCCAGCUUUAUGCCGAAUAUUGGAGGUCCAGUCCAAUUUAAAAGAAAGCUGCUUGGCUCAGUCGUGGGCAGUCGAUUGCAGCUUUACACCGCUCCUGUGUGGAUUCACGCCAUCACCAAUGUCGCCAGAACCAGGACGAGCCUCAUCCGGCCGCAGAGGACCGCCGUCCCGAGGGUGAUCCGGUCCUACCGUACCGUCUCGGACGAGGCCGCACUGGUUUUGGCCUGCACGUCGCCCGCUGAUCUCACUGGACUCGAAAGAUGCAGGAUAAGGUCCCGGCUGCGUGCCGCAACGGAGCCCGGACAACUGCGGCCAUCGAAAGCGGCAGUGAAACAAGAAGGGAGGAAAGCAACAAUUGCUCUGUGGCAGGUGAGAUGGCUUGCUACCAAGAAGGCAUCUUGGACACGUCGCGCAAUUCCUGUCAUUCCUGACAUUGGAAGAUGGCUGGGAAGAACCGUCCCGUGGGUGCCCCUAUCAUUCCAUAUGACACAUGCCCUUUCGGGCCAUGGCUGCUUCCAGUUUUACCUACAUCGGAUGGCUAGGGCCGCCAGCUCACGUUGUUGGCAGUGCUCUGGUGACUCUGAUACCGCCGAACACACAUUGUUCGAGUGUGUUUACUGGGAGGGGUUCCGUGUACACCUCAGCGCACGGCUGGGCCGUCGACCGAGUGUCGCUGAUCUCCCGGACAUCAUCUGCGGACCAGCGUUCGAGAUGUUCCCGGCGGAUCCCGAAGAAAAGUCGAUGCUGCUGAGAGAGGCUGAGGAGGUAUUCAGGUUAUUCUACAAAAUGGUGGAGGAUAUCCUGUCGGCCAAGCAGGAGGAGGAAGAAAGAGCUCGGCAGGCCGCAGAAGAGCACAAUGUAGGUACAACUAAUGUUGUUUAAUAUUGUUAAUGUAAUAGUUAGUGAGUGGGAGAUUAGCCCAACUUCUAAUCCCUUCGUGAAUUUGAUAAUUGAUCAUUGAUCAAUAAACGAUGGUGGCCGGAGGAGAAGUAUUGGCAAGUGGCAACAUGGUUCCUCCUCCGGUUCUCGAUUUUAAGCUUAAAAAAAAA